CUGCCGGGCGCCCUCUGUGCUACUGCACCGCUCCCGCACUUUUCAUAUCUCCACGGUCAACUAGAAGUUGAACAUGGCCAAGUUGGAGCAGCUAUCGUGCUCGAAGCAUUUCGGCGGUAAGCUAACCAAGUACAAGUUCAGAUCCACUGCUCUCGGCGACCUUGACGCCAGGCUCAACAUCUUCCUACCCGGUAACUCUGUUCAUGGCAAAGUACAGGUACUGAUGUACCUCGGAGGAUUGACGUGCACCGAGGACAAUGCCGCACAAAAGGGUGGUUUCAUGCGCGACGCAGCUGCGGAAGGCAUUGCAAUAAUCUUUCCAGACACAUCACCGCGAGGUGCCGGAAUCCAAGGAGAAGACGAUCACUGGGACUUUGGGACAGGCGCUGGCUGGUACGUUGACGCCACCCACCCGCAGUGGGCCAAGCACUACAGGAUGUUCACGCAUGUGACGCAAGAAUUGCCACAGGUCAUCGAGGCGUCGGGACUUCCGAUUGACUUCUCUCGGCAGUCCAUACUCGGACACUCGAUGGGAGGACACGGUGCCCUUGUGCUAUACCUUACAUCCAUUCUUUCUGGAAGGAAUACGUAUCGCUCUUGUUCGGCGUUCUCGCCCGUCUGUGCGCCCUCUGUCGUGCCUUGGGGUAUUAAGGGUUUCAAUGGGUACCUCGCUGGCGGCGUUGAAGAAGGACGAGACAAGUACGAUGCGACUACGCUCAUUGGAAAAGUCAAGGGUCCCGUCAAUAUAUUGAUCGAUUAUGGUACUGCAGAUGAAUUCAAGCACCAGUUAAUGCCGGACCUGUUCGCUGACGCUGCGCGCAAAGCCGGAUUCGACGAGUCGCAAGUGCGGGUUCGCGGCCAAGAUGACUAUGAUCACGGUUACUACUUUGUGUGUUGUGCUUCGAGCUACUUGGUCUAUGCUGACUCGGUUCACGGCAGGUCUCUACAUUCGCUUCAGAACACGUGAAGUUUCAUGCCGGAUUCCUUAAGGCGUAGAAGGUUCGUGUAAUACACGAUAGUAGUACAAACAAGAGUGCCGUACUAUUAAACCUGUCGUCAAAACACGUACGGGAAAGUGAAUGUGGGAAAGUCCGGCGCAUCUGACGGAACUGUAUAUUACGAGGGCAUCCCGCGAAUGCGUUCCCUACCGUUGCUCGCUUCCGAGGGUCGGGAACAAGGAGGUCGCAAACAAGACGUUUGGCUACAGUUUUCCCGAGAGUUUGAAAGAAAGACCGGGUGUCGAUGAAUCAUAGCGUCAUGUCA